GGGACAAUGCCAGCCAGCGCAAGCUUCCUGAUCGAUCGAAACUAUUGGCAGUAAGUGCGCACUAACUGGCACUGGAAAUACUGUUCAAUGCAGUUGAAAUGAAAUGGUAAGAGGUGCAGCAAUCACACAGCUAGCUAUAAUGCUGACUGUCUUUUUUGUCGUGAUUAUGCUACUCCAAAUGCAAGUGGACUCGAAAAUAAUUAAAGUAAUUUCACCAAGGAGAGACAAUCCAGUGCAUCUGCAGCUAAAUAGAAAACCGGCACUGAAAGUAGUGAUCCGAAGACAAACCAUCAUUAGGUGCUGCGGCCACUCCAAAUGUCUGCCUUCAAAGAACAACACAAGCAGAUCAAAGUCCAAAUUAACAACAGACGCCCUACUGAAGAGCACACCCGAUAAAUCCUCAUUUGAGAUUUUCACAACAACAACCAUGAUCGGGAAGACAACUGUUGAAGAAGACUACCAAGAGCCAGCUGCCCCGGGAGAAGCGACCACCACGACGCCUGAAACCUACGCUGACGACCCAGCAGCCCCUCUUUCGCCAGAAUCAACAGCCGCACAGCCAGAGGAAGACACUGCUUUACCCCUGACAACAACUACACCACCACCACCACCUCCUGAUGUAGCAAUUCCUCUGACGACCACACCUCCUAUUUUAGCAACAACAGCAAUGCCUGUACCUAUCACGACAGGUUUAAUGGCAGCACCGUUGACGACAGGAGCGCCGUCACCGACAACAACUACCUUGGUGAACAACAACCCUGUAACGAAUGCACCACCUGAACCACCACCACCAAACCCCACGACAACAGCUGCAGGAGCAGCUGCAGCAGACACUACAUCAUCUGCACCAGCGGCAGCAACUACGUCAACUUCGGCAGAAGCAGCAACAACUUUAAUGCCCGCUGCGGCAACCGCGAUAACAACGUCUGCAGCAGCUGCAACAACAACAACAACAACAGGAGCACCAAGUACAACAAUACCUGCUGAUAUUUCUGGAACAACCACACCACCAUGCAAUAGAAGUAUGGAUAGAUCGUGCCGGCCCCAACCAACGUGCACUGUCAGCAGUUUAUCUGUGUCAUCUCUAAAUUUGUGGGGAUCUAAUUCUGACGGUGAAAUUGUGAAAACCAAAAAUGGCAAAAAAUAUUUUAUCGGGUUGGAUGAAAGCUCAAUUUCAUACGACGCUGCCGCCUUGAUUUGCUGCAAGCUGAACAUGAGCAUGGCUGAAUUCACCACUCAAGAAAGCUGGGAUAAUUUCUACGCCUUCGCGAAAGUCCAAACGUUUUCGAGCUGGAACUUUUUCGGACAAACCACGGACAACGGCAACAAAACGGACACGUGGUGCAAAUCGGGCACUUUGGUUCCGGACGGAAUCAUUCCUGAGAGGCUGUACAACCUGACCUGCGGAACCAAGAGCCUGGCCAUCCUCACUCCGGGCGGAAAUCGGUCUUACACCGCUCCGACCUCAAAAAUCCACCGCUACUUUUGCGAGUAGUCUUUUAUGAAUGAAUUUUAAAACUAAAAUGAUCAGGCCAGAUUUUCAAUAGAGUAGAAAAAUCGGCAGGUUUGCGUAAAAUUUGUUGUUAUGGAGCUCGUGAAUUUUGAUAUGUGCGAGGAUGUGACGCAAACUGCCAAUGACGUAGAAGAGUAAAAAUUUAUUCCUAGAAUUUGAACAGGAUGCGCGUGCAGCCGGCGAGGCUCAAUAUCAGACCAACUCUGCAGGGACUCGCCAUCAGUGGAAAAUUCAAUAAUUUAUUACGCUGCGAUUGAACUGAAUAAUUUUUAAAUUUCAUGAGAUUUGCGGUAUAAUUUAAUUCAGUUUCAAAUAAAUUUAUAGCACCUAUAAAUACCGUGAUUUUACCAGCGGGGACCAGAUUGGUUCGCACUGCGCAGAUCCAAGAUGGCGUCUGAUUGUGGGAAACAAAAAGCUCUAUUUGGACACAAGCAAUGCAAAAGUCAUUAUUGACGAAAACUUGCUUCUUUUCGCGCAUUUUCACGUGACAAUUUUUUCGCGCCAUUCUCCACCGGACGCGUCUGCACGAAUCUAGCCUCCGCUGAAUUUUACUAAAUUAAACGCACGGCUCUUAAAAUCUGGAUGAAAAAUGCUUGGAGAUCUGGAAAGUAUGCAAUCUGCUGGGCGUGAAUGUGACGCAGGUUAAAAUUUAAACGAUAUCGGUCUUUCAAUUGAACGUUAGAAUUAAAAUUCCUAAACAUGUGUAUUGCAUGAAAAAAUAU